CCCGAGGAGACUUCUCUGACAAGGGUGCAAUCGCUCGCUAAACACAGGCGAUUCCAAGGAGCGGCGGCCCCAAGUCCAGGCGAUGGCUCCCAAGCGCAAGUCUCCGGCGGCGGCGGCGGCGGCGGCGAUGUCGCCGAGGAAGACGCGGAGCAUGGCCGCCCUGAAGCGGGGCGAGGUGGUGCCGGCCAAGGAGGAGGAAGCUGAGCCGGUGCCGGCCGGGAAGAAGGGGAGGAAGAAGGGCAAGAAGGAGGAGGCGGCGGCGGUGGUGGAGAAGGAGGAUGCGGAUGCGGCGAAGCAGGAGGGGAGGAAAAGGGCCAAGAAGGAGGUCGCGGCUGCGGCGACGGCGGAGGAGGACGAUGACGGUGCGGCCGUGGAAGACGGGAAGCGCGUCGUCGUCGAGGCUUGAUUUUUUAGGAAGAAAAUGCCCCUACGCCUUCAUGUGCCGACCGAUCUAACAAAUUGAUGGACCAUCUUAUACCUCGGUCUCCCGAAUUGAUCGAUCAUCUCAUCCCAAAUGCAAUUUUAUCUGAAAGUAGACACCGCAGCAGUCAAUGGCAAACAAUCAGCAGCAGCAAUUUUAUCCCUACAAGCUACAGCGACCUACAGCAACAAUCUACAACGCCACGGGCUACAACCUUCAGGCCGAGAAGCCGAGAAGGCAGCAUAGCAGAGCGAGACAGGCGCCAAUUCCUCGCCGGCCCCUUCUAGCCGGCGGCGGUGGCGACCUCGACUGGUGGGCCUCGGCUGGUGGAUGGGGACGGCGGCCUCGUCUGGCGGAUGGCGUCCGACGGCGGGGGCGGCCUCGUCCAGUCCCACGACCGUGAUGGUGGACGCGGCGAGCGAAGUCUGAUGGGAGCACCUACCUACGUCUCCUUCCCAUGUCCUCCCUCUGCCGCUGCACCGCCUCUGGUUCUUGAAAUAUCGAUCGAUCGAUUUGGGGAUCGAUCAUAACAUGAAGGAAGGGACAGGGGAAAUUUCGUAACUAUACAAUCUGCCAUGUGGGCCAAGAGGGAUAAAAAGAUUAAAAAAACAGAAAAAUGCUAUUGUGUCAACGUUCCAAAGAAAAAUGUGCUACUUUGUCUAAGAAAAUGAAAAGUGUGCAUUUGGAGCAAAGUACAAAGAAAGAUGUGGUAUUUUGUCAAAUUUCUCAAGAUGGGAGAACCUCCUUAUUUUUAUUGGAACCUUGUUUCCCUUUUGAAAUUGAACAAAUGAGAACUACAAGCAAAUGAGAACCCUGCUGUCCAAGUUCCGUCUGUCUUUUUACAACUUCCGUCUCCAUAAAGGCCGAAGCGGCAUUGCAAAAUUCAGUAAAUGAGUAAUAUUAAUAAGAUCCAGCAUUUAGUAACAUAACAGUCACAUAUAAAUCAACAAGGGUGUCAGAAAUAUUACACCGAUAGUGUAGCAUGAUCGGUUAUUAUAUCACCUGAAAACUUUGACGCAAAAUAGUGGAACUAUUUCUUCUGAAGGAAAAACCAUCAGUACAACAUAUAACCACAACAAAAUCCAUCCAAGUAGUCAGUAUAGAUGCACAAAGGCUUGCUUUGAUG